UCGUUUUCAACAAUCGCUGAUAUUUCUUGCUCUUCAUAUUGCUGAUAACAUACUUUCUAUUGCUGGCAUUAUUUGACAAAGUUGAUAUUUAUUUUAGUUGCUUCGCUUUAUCAGAUCAUCAUUACUCAUCAGAACAAACCCCCUUACUUGGCCAUCCCAACCUUUCAAUCAAGUACACAUUGAUACCACACAAUGAUCAAGAUCCGUAGACCGUUAGUCACGACGUUCCUCUUGUUUGUCAUCGUAAGCUCUGUCUACUACAUGACGUCUUCUGGAGGCAAUACAGGCUCUUUAGGACUUUCUUCUCCCCUUAAUCUACUGAAUUUCAAUCCUAUCUCCGACUUGACACACGACCAAGGCGAAGAAAUCGUUAAGGAUGAAGUCAGUGAUUCGAUUUCCAAUUUAACCAAUGAUCACGUCAAGAAUGGUGAAGACGAAAAGUCCAAGAAAAAGCCAAAAAAAGCCAAAAAAGUGGAAUCUGAGCUGGAAGAUGGGUUUACCGAAACUCCAUUCAUGCCCAAGAUGGCUGAUGAAACCUUGAAAGCUCAGUUGGGUAAUGCAGCCUGGAAGCUAUUCCAUACUAUUUUGGCUAGAUAUCCAGACAAACCUUCGAAACAGGAACAAGCAACUUUGAAGCAGUAUAUCAACUUGUUUGCCCAAGUUUAUCCUUGUGGAGACUGCGCCAGACACUUCCGUAAGUUGUUGAACAAGUAUCCACCACAAACUCUGUCAAGAAAAAACGCUGCCUUGUGGGGCUGUGACAUUCACAAUAAAGUGAAUACAAGAUUGAACAAGCCCAUUUACGAUUGUACGAAUAUCUUGGAAGACUAUGACUGCGGCUGUGGUGAAGAUGAAAAGGAGGCUGACUUCACAUUGGGCAACAAGACAAAGGAGGCCAAGGAACAUUUGAAUAACAUCAUCAUCAGUGAGAAAGAAGAAGAGCCACAGCUUGGUGGCUAG